GCCGGCGGAGGGCCGGGCCUGGAGGCGGAGGCGGAGGUGGAGCGAGGCGGGGACGCGCGGGGCUCGGGGAGCCCGUCUCGGCCACCGGGAGAGUAGCCCGCGGCGGUGGGGCCGGGACCGGGGGGAGACAUGGGGACGGCCGACUCCAAGCUGAACUUCCGGAAGGCGGUCAUCCAGCUCACCACCAAGACUCAGCCUGUGGAAGCCACUGAUGAUGCUUUCUGGGACCAGUUCUGGGCAGACUCAGCCACCUCAGUACAGGACGUUUUUGCACUAGUUCCAGCAGCAGAGAUCAGAGCUGUUCGGGAAGAGUCACCUUCCAACCUGGCCACCUUAUGCUAUAAGGCAGUAGAGAAGCUGGUGCAAGGGUCGGAGAGUGGCUGUCACUCAGAAAAAGAGAAGCAGAUUGUCCUCAACUGCUGCCGGCUCCUCACCCGGGUGCUGCCCUACAUCUUUGAGGAUCCUGACUGGAGGGGCUUCUUUUGGUCUACGGUGCCGGGAGCUGGCCAAGAAGGGGGUGAGGAGGACGAGAAUGCCCGGCCCCUGGCAGAGUCCCUGCUCUUGGCCAUUGCUGAUCUGCUCUUUUGCCCUGACUUUACUGUCCAGAGCCACCGAAAGAGUGCCGUGGACUCGGCAGAAGACAUUCACUCCCUGGACAGCUGUGAGUACAUCUGGGAGGCCGGCGUGGGCUUUGCCCACUCUCCACAGCCCAACUAUACCCAUGACCUGAACCGGACUGAACUGCUGAAGUUGCUUCUGACCUGCUUUUCUGAGGCCAUGUACCUGUCCCCAUCUCCUGACUGCAAUAGUGCCAACCCCUGGGUACAGUUCUUCUGCUCUACAGAGAACAGACAUGCUCUUCCACUGUUCACCUCUCUCCUCAACAUCGUCUGUGCCUACGACCCGGUGGGCUACGGGAUUCCUUACAACCACCUGCUGUUUUCGGACUAUCGGGAGCCCCUAGUGGAGGAAGCCGCCCAGGUGCUCAUUGUGACCUUGGACUACGACAGCGCCACCAGCAGCAGCCCCACUGUGGACGGGACCACCACGGGCACCGCGAUGGAUGACGCGGAUCCUCCAGGCCCUGAGAAUCUGUUUGUGAACUACUUGUCCCGAAUUCACCGUGAGGAGGAUUUCCAGUUCAUCCUUAAGGGUGUGGCCCGAUUACUCUCCAACCCACUGCUUCAGACAUAUCUGCCUAACUCAGCCAAGAAAAUCCAGUUCCAUCAGGAAUUACUAGUUCUGUUUUGGAAGCUCUGUGACUUCAAUAAGAAAUUCCUCUUCUUCGUGUUGAAGAGCAGUGAUGUGUUAGACAUCCUCGUCCCCAUCCUCUUCUUCCUCAAUGAUGCUAGAGCUGAUCAGUCUCGAGUGGGUCUGAUGCACAUCGGAGUUUUUAUAUUGCUGCUCUUGAGUGGAGAACGCAACUUCGGGGUUCGGCUGAACAAGCCCUAUUCUGUUCGAGUUCCCAUGGACAUCCCUGUCUUCACUGGCACCCACGCUGACCUGCUCAUUGUGGUGUUCCACAAGAUCAUCACCAGCGGCCAUCAGCGUCUACAGCCUCUCUUUGAUUGCUUGCUCACCAUCAUAGUGAAUGUGUCUCCAUAUCUCAAGAGCCUGUCCAUGGUUGCAGCCAAUAAGCUACUCCACCUUCUAGAGGCUUUCUCUACCACCUGGUUCCUGUUUUCUGCUGUCCAGAACCAUCACCUGGUCUUCUUUCUCCUUGAGGUCUUUAACAACAUCAUUCAGUACCAGUUUGAUGGUAACUCAAACCUUGUCUAUGCCAUCAUUCGAAAGCGAAGUGUCUUCCACCAGCUGGCCAACCUGCCCACAGACAUGCCCUCCAUCCACAAAGCCCUGCAGCGUCGAAGGAAGACCCCAGAGACCUUGUCUCGAACCAACUCCCAGGAGGGUGUCUCCAUGGAGGGCUCUUGCCCUGCUGCACCUGCUGAGCCGGGUACCCUCAAGACCAGCCUUGUGGCUACACCAGGCAUUGACAAGCUGACGGAGAAGUCCCAGGUGUCUGAGGACGGAACAAUGAGAUCUCUGGAGCCCGAGGCCAGUCGGAGCCCGGCUGAGAGCAGCUCCCCGGCCAGAAAGAGCGAGGGAGAACAGUGGAACGGGGAGCCUGGCCAAGCCUGUCGAGAACAGCAGCAAUCGCCCACUGCUUCAGCGGGCGGGCAGUGGAGCCCGACUCCAGACUGGGUUCUCUCUUGGAAGUCCAAGCUACCGCUACAGACCAUUAUGAGGCUGCUGCAGGUGCUGGUGCCUCAGGUGGAGAAGAUCUGCAUCGAUAAAGGGCUGACUGAUGAAUCAGAAAUCCUCAAGUUCCUGCAGCACGGCACCCUGGUGGGGCUGCUGCCUGUGCCGCACCCCAUCCUCAUCCGCAAGUACCAGGCCAACUCGGGCACUGCCAUGUGGUUCCGUACUUACAUGUGGGGCGUCAUCUACCUAAGGAACGUGGACCCACCAGUCUGGUACGACACUGAUGUGAAGCUGUUUGAGAUCCAGCGGGUGUAAGCAGAAGAGAAGAGAAGAGGAAGGAAGGGGUUGGAAGGGUUGAGUGCCAGGGUGAUCCCUCGGCCCUUCCCCCAUGCCUGGUUCUGAUUCCUCCACCUUCAGACUGCCAUUUCAAGCUUCAUUAUCACUUUGACCUGAGGAAGGGGUUGGGAGGUGGGAAGGGCUAACUUCCCCAAGAGUUCUGUCCAGGAAUUAGGGAAAUGUGGGGAACUAGCUGUGCCCUUUCCCCACAGCUGGCUUAUGAAGUUCUCCUGCCUGGUGGUACAGAAAACAUCACAGAUGGGAAGGUAGAGUCAAGGAAGGGGAAGCUUCCUCUGCUAAGAAGAUAGAUACCUCUUGGGGUCCUAGGGCCAAAUUUCUACCUAAUCAUUACAUCUCUUCCAUUUCAAGCCUGUAUUAUAGCCCUGGCUCCCUGGAAGACUUGGUUCUACACCACCCUUUAUAUAGUCACUCUCUUCUUUGACCAUGUCUUUCAGAUAUGCAGAGGAUCCUGAGUGUCUCAGAGGGAUAAUUUUAGAUUAGGGUCUUCACUAUCUGGGGAAGUUGAGGUUUGAAUGCUGGGAUGCCCUUUCCCUCUUAUUCAUUCCAUAUCCAAUGUACCACUGAGACUGAGCAGCUUGUAGGAAGAAAUGGGCUGAGAGAGCUUUUUAGGGCUUUGUUUUUGAGGUAAGGAGAGGGUAACAGUUCCAACUCAAAGUUUGAGUCCAAUGGCCAUGGCUUAGGUGAUCAUCUAUGUUCUCAUGUUUGUACAAAAGUCCUCUCCCAUGGGAACCUUUUUCACAAACUAUUUUCCAGAAAGGAAUAUGACAGGGGAAGCAGUUCUCUUCCUUUAUUCUAAUUACAGCUUUAUCUCUAAGGGCAGAGAGCCUGUUUCUCUUCAUGUUGGAUAAAUGGAGGGGAAUCAGGGGGAAGGCAGUCCAAAAUCCCCUCCCCCUGCUUCCCCAUAGCUUUCCCAGGUGGCUCCCCCGAAACCUUCAGUCCUCAGCUCUGUCCUUCAACAUUAUUCCUUCAAAUGUGUCCCAUCCUUGGCUAACACCCACUCUCAAUACAAUCUUAACUUUCAUGCACUAGAAACGCACUGUACAAUCUGCUACUUUUCACAAAAUUAAAACCUCCCUUUUCCUGGC